AUGUCGCGGGCAGAAACGGAACCGCUCCUUCCCCGCUACGAUGAUGACACCAGUCGUCAGCGUCGAUUGCACCAGAAGAUCCAUAGCUAUCAGAUGCUCCGCGCCCUUUCCGAGGGUUACAUGCCAUCUACGGAACAAACCAUCGCCAAUCUUCGCACUCUGCUCGCUUUUGACAUCUUCAACCCCCGCAACCCGGAUCUGGGCCCAGUGGGCCGCCAGCUCGUCCGCGAUAGCCGCCUGUGGAUACAAUUGUUGAUCGAGUUCUUGCAGGCCAAGAACGGAGAUGAUCAAUUGCAGGAAUUCAUCUGGCAUCUCUCCCAUGGCCGGGCUACCGUGCACACCAGCCAGCUCGCAGAGCGCGCUUCCCGUACAAAGGCGAAGGCAGAUACCAAAGCUGCAUUUGAUAGCCUCCGUGUCGUCGGAAACCUUCUGCUGACCAACUCCGACUUUCGCCUAUUUGCGGAGGACCUUACAACAGUUGGGCGUGAGAUAUUCUCGGACACGGCCUUUUCUCUGUCUGCUGCGUCGCAGAAAGUGGGCGAGCAGCUCAAGCCAUCUGAGGAAGACGAGGCAGCCUUAUCUGGUGCCGGUGCAGAUGAAGGCCAUACCCAUUCGCAGGAAGAACUCCGCGCAGAAGUAAAUCAUGUCGCGGACGUCGCCAAGAGUGGCCUCGUUCAGACUGGGCGAGACGCGAAGGAAUCUGCCAAAGAGCAUAUCUCAGGAAAAGAGCAGGAGACUCUGAUUCAUCGGCUGAAGCAAACGGUCCUUAAGCUCCGUGAGCGCAGAGACUAUACCGACUCAGUUUCGGUUCUAGCACGGCUGUUGGAGCGAUAUGCCAUCAUUUACGCGAAUGCCGCGACGGAUGUCGCAUCGACUGCAGAGGAAGAGUCUGAGAUAAACGAUGAUCUGAAGCAAGCGAUACAGAAGUUCUGGGCCCUACUCCAGACUCUGGGGGAUCGUAAGGAGUGGGAGGCGUUGGAGCAGCGGCUCCACGCAGUGCUACGACAUGCCAAUGGCGACCCUGAAUUUGAGGACCUGGUAACAGAGAUUGGGUCUGCAGUGCAGGAGAUGAUGACGAAUCCCGAUUCCCUCGAUUCUGCACCGGAAAAGAUUGGCGAACUGAAGGAGAAAUCCAAGCACGUCGGCGCUGAAACCAGUCUCCGGCAAGACGUGGAUAGCUUUCUCGCGCAGGCAAAGCGGGCUCUGCAGUCAAUUUCUCGAGAUGAAGCAAUUUCCAAGCUACUCAGUGCAACUCGCAAGCUCUAUAAGGAUGCUUUAAGUGGAUACCGUAACCGACGUGCUAAUCUACCCGCGGACUUGCUAGAGGUUUUUCUCCCCCUUGUCCUGCGCAAUAUCCAGUACAUCCCGAUCCCUCGUCUUGAGAUUUCUGCUCCGGAGGUGGAUCUUCUUAUCGAAAACCUUAUUCUUGAGCCUGGCCACACUGUCAAUUAUUCAUCUUUCCUUCCUUACCGCAUGCACGUUACCACGCGAAACGACAUUGACGUUGUAAAACGGCAUUCGAAGAAGACUACGACAAACCUCAAGACGACAUUCACGGUGUCAGUCUGUGGCUUGAACGUGAGUGCUCAAGAAUUUGGUUACUGGCUUCGCACACACAAGGCGCUCUUCUUCUAUCUCAAGGACCAGGGUAUCGCCAGCUUCUUCCUCGACAGGCGAGGAAUCGACAUUUCACUAGACGUGGAGGUCGGUCGAGAACGCUUGGAGCAGAUAUUCACUCUCCGCGGCGUGCGUGUUCGUAUUCACAAGCUUGACUACAAAGUGCACCGAGGCAAGUGGAGGUUCUUGAUCUGGUUGACGAAGCCGUUCCUCAAGCAUAUGAUUCGGCGAGUCCUCGAGAAACAAAUCGCAGAACAAAUUGUUCAGGCGGCCCACGCGCUGAACCGCGAAUUGGUAUUUGCUCGAGAGCGUCUCCGGGCUGCCCGCAUUGCCAGCCCCCGUGACCUUUUCACCUUUGUCCGAGCAGUUCUGGCGCGCUUGACGCCGGCUCCGAACCCGGAUAUUGAAGCCCGUGUCGGUAUUGACGCCCCGGGUGAGGGUGUCUUCAAGAACGUAUAUGCUCCUGGAAGUCUCGUGAAAUUGUGGCACGAAGAGGCACUCCAAGCCCAUGAUUCGAUUGAAGAGGGUGAAGAGACUCCAGGGCUGCACAGAACCUGGCGAAACACGAUUUUUGAUGUUCCCGUGUAA